CCUCCUCCUCCUCCUCCUCCUCCUCUUCUUCUGCUGCUGCUCCUUCUCGCUUGCAGCUGCCACAUGUUGCACGGACAAGAGGUUGCUCCCUACCUGCGAGGAGGUGGAGCGAGGCAGCAGGUGGUGCUGGAGGGAAACCGGCUGGUGCUGACCUGCCUGGCUGGAGGCAGCUGGCCCCUGCAGUACCGCUGGACUCUCAACAACAGCAACGUCACCGACUGGACGCCGCAGUACAGGUUGUCUGUCCGGUCUCUGAAGAGGACUGAUGCUGGCCUGUAUCAGUGUAUGGUGAGGAACAGGAUGGGAGCGCUCAUACACAGGAGAACAGAGGUGCAGGUGGCCUUUUUGGGGAACUUCUCCGCCGAGGAGCAGAGGAAGACCGUGACUCAGGGCCGAGCAGCCGUCAUCAGCCUGCCCCCCCUCGCCUCUUUCCCCCGACCCCUGACCACAUGGUACAAAGACGGACACAAGAUAAUCCCCAACAACCAAAUUGCAAUCACUUUGGACAAUCAGCUGGUCGUCUUGGCAACCACGGCAGCGGACGCCGGGCGUUACCACGUUGAGGCGGUGAACGAGUUGACGGGAGAGAAUGUGACGAGUCCCGCCGUCUACCUGAGCGUCUCAGUUGGCAAGAAGAACCGCGGGUCAACAGAUCCUGAGUCAGAACUUGUGGCGCCGGCGAUUGUGAUCGGACCCAAAGACACAACGGUGGUGGCAGGCAGCGAGGCGACGCUGGAGUGUAUCGCUAAUGCCAGACCGAUUGACGGCCUCGUGGUGUCAUGGAAACGCGAUGGGCGUCGUCUGGCCAGUGGGCGUCGGCUCAUUAUUCCUGCCCCGAACUCCUCCGACACAGGGUUAUAUGUUUGUGAGGCGUUGCUUGGCAACAGCACUGCCAAACCUGUGGAGGCAAGGGCACACCUCACUGUAAUGGAGCUGCCUUCUCUAACGGCUCUACCUAAGAGGAAGAUCCUCGCUGACCUCGACAGGAAUGUAGAUAUCCCCUGCCUGGCUACAGGUGUGCCCCAGCCCAGGAUAGAGUGGUACAAGGACACGGUGCCUCUUUCCAAACUGGCCAACCCCAGAUACAAGGUCAACGCGGUGAGCGGGCUGACGGUGCGCCGGGUGCAGCCAGGAGACGGCGGAAUAUUCCAGUGCUUCGCCCGCAACGCUGCCGGGGAAACUCAGGCACACGCACAAAUCCUCGUAUCCAGUGCGCACCCCGUUUUUGCACUCCCUCCGUCCGACCAAACGGUAACUGACGGGACCACAGCCUUGUUUAUCUGCCAGACCAACGGCGCUCCAAAACCUGCCAUCACCUGGAGGAAAGGAUCACAGGUCUUGGCCAGCGGCUCCGUCCAGGUUCCCGGGUUCACGCUGUUGCUCUCAGGUGGUUUGCAGAUUCAGCCAGUCAGCUUCCAGGAUUCAGGAGAAUACACAUGCAUCGCCUCCAACUCAGAGGGGACCAUCAACGCCAGCUCCACGCUCACCGUCUGGACCCGUACAGUCAUUUCUGUGCCUCCUACAGACCAGCGUGUCAUCAAAGGAACCACUGCUAUUCUGGACUGUAAUGCUACACAUGACCCCAGAGUCAACAUCAGCUUCAGGUGGGAUCGAGGUGGCAUGCCGGUCCGUCACACCAACGGGGGCCGUGUCUCCAUGCGCCAGGGCUCUCUCACUAUCGGCCAGACGUGGUCAGGUGACAUCGGGGAUUACACCUGUACCGUGACAUCACAGGCUGGUAACGAUACUCGCUCUGCACGCCUCGAAGUCAUUGAGCUGCCACACUCUCCUCGCUCCCUGGCGGCCCGUCUCAAUGACUCUGACUCCCGCUCCGUCCUCCUCUCCUGGCUACGGCCCUUUGAUGGGAACUCCCCACUCCUGUACUACCUGCUGGAGCUCUCUGAGAACAACUCACCGUGGAAGGUCUACCUAUCAGAGGUCGAUCCAGUGGUGUCCGAGGUAUCUGUGGGCGGGCUCACACCGGCCAGGACCUAUCAGUUCAGGCUUUGUGCCGUCAACCAAGUGGGCCGGGGUCAGUACAGCGCGGAGACACAGAGAUUGAUGCUGAGGGAGGAGGCACCCAGCGCUCCUCCGAAGAAUAUCGUGGCCAGUGGGCGGACAAACCAGUCCAUCAUGGUCCAGUGGCAGCCUCCGCCAGAACCCCAGCUCAACGGGGUCCUCCGAGGAUACGUUCUCAGGUAUCGUCUGGCAGGGCUGCCAGGGGACUACCAGGAGAAGAACAUCAGCAGCCCAGAGACCAACUACUGUCUGCUGAAAGAUCUGAUCAUCUGGACACAAUACCAGAUCCAGGUGGCUGCCUUCACUGGAGCGGGUCUGGGCGUCUACAGCAGCCCUGUCACCGAGUACACUCUGCAGGGAGUUCCCACAGCACCUCCGCAGGAAGUGGAAGUUUUAGCUAUCAACUCGACUACCAUCCGCUUCACAUGGAACCCUCCGCCUCAGCAGUUUAUUAAUGGCAUCAACCAGGGAUACAAGCUGAUGGUCUGGCCAGAGCAGUCUCCGGCGGCGGUCAUCGUGGUGACCAUCACCCCGGACUACCCCGGUUCACGGCACACAGGAUUAGUCAGCGGACUCAGGAAAUUCACCUGGUACUUUGGCUCCACCCUCUGCUUCACGACACCUGGAGACGGCCCUCGCAGCCUGCCCGCUCUGCUGCAGACACACGAGGACACACCUGGACCCGUUCGCCACCUGAGCUUCACUGAAAUCUUGGACACCUCACUCAGAGUCAGCUGGGUAGAGCCUGAAGACAAGAACGGCAUCAUCAUCGGCUACGUGUUGUGGUGGGAAGUUUCUGGCGCCGAGUCGAGUCGUGUGGAGCGUUCACUUUCCAACUCCACCCUGCAGUACCAGCUGACCGGUCUCACCUCCACCACUGCGUACACGCUACAGGUGGCAGCGCUCACCGCCGCAGGACGGGGCGUGGUCACACCCUCCACCAUCUCCACUGGAGUCCCACCAGAACUUCCUGGUGCACCAUCUAAUUUGGUCAUCUCCAACAUCAGCCCUCGGACCGCGACACUUCGGUUCCGUCCUGGUUCUGACGGCAAGACGGCCAUAUCACGAUGGAUCGUAGAAGGCCAGGUAGUGAAGGAGGAUGGAAAGGAAGAGGCGUGGAGAGUCGUCUACGAGAAAGAAAACCAGCCAGAUGCAAACACGCUGGAGAUCCCCGACCUCACGCCGUUCACCCAGUACAGGUUCAGGAUGCGGCAGGUGAACAUUGUCGGCUCCAGUGCCAUGAGCGCCCCCUCCAGGCUGAUUCAAACCCUGCAGGCGGCCCCUGACACACCCCCCUCUAACCUCACCCUGCUGUCUGCCACACAGACCAGCCUGCGCUUCAACUGGAAGCCUCUUCCAGAGUCCGAGUACAACAGCAGUCCAGAGUCUGUGGGGUACCGGCUGAGACUGUGGAGGACAGACGGCCAGGGGGAGGACAGGACGGAGGAUGUGGAGAGAGCAGGGGGGACCAGCGAGACCACGGUAGAGGGCCUGAAUCCCUGGACCAAGUACCAGGUUCAGAUACAGGCCUACAACUCCAUAGGACCUGGACCGUGGAGCGACACUGUCGCCGCACUCACUGCAGAAUCUGUUCCAUCUGGGUCUCCGAUGAAUGUGACCGCUGAGGCAGUGAGCUCCACCAGGAUCCUGCUCAAAUGGUCUGCUCUCCCUCAGGCACAGAAGAAUGGAGUCGUACUCGGAUACAAGGUGUUGUACAGCGAGAAGGACUCAGACGGGCCCCCCAGGGUUCAGGUGGCAGAAGGAGAGGGGAGUGUAACUCUGCUGCUCGGCGCUCUCCAACAAUACUCUGUGUACGUGCUGCAGGUGCUGGCUUACACACGGAUGGGUGACGGACCACAGAGCAACCCCAUACUGCUUCGAACCAAAGAAGAUGUCCCAGGCCCCCCUGUCAGGAUGGUGUUUCCAGAAGUUCGUUUGUCAUCAGUUAGGGUGGUAUGGCAGCCACCCACGAAACCCAACGGCAUCAUAUUAGGCUACCAGAUCUCUUACUGCUUGGACAGUAGGGACCCUCAGCGAUGGACCACGGUGGAGGUGGGCUCCAACGCUCGACAGUUCACCGUCACGGGACUUGCCCCUGAGCAGGCCUAUGUUUUCCGGCUUACGGCUCGCACCGCCGUGGGCUGGGGCGAAGAGCAGGAAGCCGUGGUUGUUACCACUGAACGCAGAGAGCGUCCCCAGCCACCCAGGAAGUUGGCCGCUCCUCAGGACGGAGUUGAAUCUCGCCAUCUCCGCCUCCACUGGGUGACGGGUGGCUCAGGCUCCUCGCCGCUGAGGUACUUCACUCUGCAGGCCAAGGAGCUGCCCAACGGGGACUGGAACACACACACCGCCGACAUCCCGCACAACGUGACCACCUGGACCGUUGACAGGCUGAAGCCCUUUACAUCAUACAAGUUUCGGAUGCUGGCCACCAACGAUGUAGGAGACAGUGUCCUCAGCAAAGAGACGGAGGCUGUAACAACUCUACAGGAUGUACCUGACGAACCCCCAGUGAUCCUCGCAGUGAAACCAACAACCACUACCUCUGUCCUGGUGCAGUGGAAGCGUCCCAAUGACACCAGUAUUAACGGCGUGUUGACUGGAUACCGGCUGUAUUAUAGAGAGCUCCCGGUAAACACCUCCAGUUUAGCUGAAGCAGAAGUCCAGGCAACCAAGAACAACACCACGAGUGCCCUAAUUACAACCAAGAGCACAUUCAAGACAGUGAGCAGCGCCUCGCUAACAGAGUUCGAGUUGACACAACUGAAGAAGUUCAAACGCUACCAGAUUGUUAUGACAAGCUACAAUAUCAUCGGAGAGAGCCCACCCUCCUCCCCAGUCGAGGUGUCUGUUGGAGAAGCAGCUCCCUCAGUGGCCCCUCAGUCCAUCAAAGUGUCAUCUGUGUCUCCCUCCAUCCUGGAAGUGACCUGGGACACGCCCCCCCUCGAGACCCAGAAUGGACUCAUCCAAGGAUACAAGAUCCACUACUGGGAGAGGGACAAGCAGAACCAGAGCGAGAAGGUCAAGGUGAUUUUUGUCCCGGACACCCGCGUGCACCUCACCAACCUGACCAGCUACACGCCUUACCUGGUCACUCUGACUGCCUUCAACACGGCUGGAGACGGCCCCCCCAGCGACCCCCGCGGGGCCCGCACCCUGCAGUCUGCUCCCAGCCAGCCGAGCUUCCUGUCCUUCUCCGAGGUGACAGGUGGAAGUGUCAACGUGUCCUGGGGAGCUCCACUCACUCCUAAUGGACAGCUGGAGGGCUACAGGGUCGUCUACCAGCCCACCGCUCCUGUGCAAGGAGUGAGUAAAGUGGUGACAGUGGACGUGAGGGGCAGCUGGCAGAGAUGGCUGAAGGUUCGAGACCUCGUCAAAGGAGCGACGUACACGUUCAGCGCUCAGGCUCUCACUGUCAGCUAUGGACCGCCUAUACAGGCUAACAUCAGUGCUCAGCCUGUACAAGGCUCCCCUGGGUCCCCUAUGGAGAUGUCCAUCACCAAGACGUCCUCUGCGCUCACCGUCCACUGGUCGGAGGGAGAAAUGGGUGCAGCACCGAUCACCGGCUACGUCAUUGAGGCGCGGCCAUCGGAUGAAGGAGUGUGGGAUUCCUUCAUCAGACUCCUCCCUCCCAACAGCAGGUCUGUUUCAGUGCCGCUGGAGCGCCUGAGGUCUGGGAUCAGCUACGAGUUCAGAGUCAUCGCUGUUAAUCGCUAUGGUUACGGACAGCCGAGCACACCCUCUGCUGCUCUAGCUGCGCUGUCGGAGCGCCCGUUCUACGAGGAGUGGUGGUUCCUGCUGGUCAUGGCUCUGGUGGGACUCAUCCUCAUUCUGGUCGUGGUCUUCACACUGCUGCUGCACGGACACAGCAGCAAGUACAAGCACUGCGGCACAGGGAAGCACGUCACCACAGCGGAGGAGUCGGUGACGCUGGACAACGGAGGUUUCACCGCUUUGGAGCUCAACAGUCGAACGCUCAACACCAAGAACUCCUUCCUGAAAAAGAACGGCACCAGGUCUCCUCCCAGGCCGAGUCCAGGUGGUCUUCACUACUCCGACGAGGACAUCUGUAACAACUAUAACGGAGCGGUGCUCACUGAGAGCACCACGCUCACAGAGAAACCCACGGAGGUCUCUGAGUCAGAGUUAACAGACAGCGACUACGAGGACGAGCAGCCCAAGCACUCCUUCGUCAACCACUACAUGAGCGACCCCACCUACUACAACUCCUGGAAGCGGCAGCCCAAAACCCUUAAACCGGUCGGCGCUCCCUUCGGCUACGAGGAGUGCGCCGCGGCGGAGACGGAGCCGUACUACCAGACCGUGGUCACCCAGCACAGCACGGGCGGCGCGUACACGCCCACGGGGCAGCCAGCGCACACGCACGUCAACCCCAACACCAACCCUCCUCCGGGGUCACGCACCCCCGUGACGGGGUUCUCCUCGUUCGUUUGACUCUAGAGACAAAAUCUGCACAAAAAUGAUACACACACAA